CGGGCCUGAGAGAGCUCACGCUCGUCUUUCCGUGAUAUAGGUUUUUGACACUAAUUUUCGAGGGCGCUAAUACACUGGAGACACGAGAAGUGCAAGCGUGGGCUCUCUCAGGCUUCUGUCUGCUUCUCUCUCGUACGUUUCGCGAUUUGACCACGCCGCGGCGACUGCUGUUCGUCAUCGUCAUUAUAUUUACAAGCUGCAGGAGGUGCACGUGAAAUUUUGUGGUUAAAAGGAAAGACAAGAUGCAGUUAACAGAGACGCGUAAGGCUAAAUCAUUCGACGUGAAGUUGGCGAAGCAGAUAUUGAUAAGGGAAAAUAAGUACAUAACAGAUUUGUUCUCCCGUAUGCCUAUACCAUACUCUGCCCUGCACAAAAACGAUGAAUUCCAAGACGAUGAUGCCGACGACGAGCAACAAACCGAUGACAGAGAAAAGAUGUUUUCGGCUCUGGGAUCAGGCACGUCGAGAGCGAAUACGUUAAUAGAGUUGCAUGAAAAAUUGGAACAGUUGAAAGGAAAGCGAUUGGAUUAUAAAGCGAAACUUUUGAAAAAGGGCCUGAAAAAUAGACUGAAGAAAAAAAGUAAAAAAGAAGAGAGAUUGAUGCAGAAAAAACUGGCCAAGACAGAGUUGGCUGCAGCUGGGGGUGCUAAAGCGAAGCACGAGAACGGAGAUGUGCCCAAGUUCACAAGACCGAAACCAAUUUUCAAUUCGGAAGGUAAAAUGGUCUUCAGUAAAUUCGACUUCUCAGAAAUCGGUGCUAAAAAAGUACAGCCCAAAGUAGACAAGGAUCCCAAAAAGAUUCUGCAAAAGUUGGAAAAACAGAAGUUGAAGAUAAACGAACUACAGCAAGCUGGAAAAAAAGAUGCGGCCGAUGAACUUCAGGAGAGACAAGCUUGGAAAACUGUUCUAGCCAAGGCAAGUGGGGAAAAAGUCAAGGAUAAUCCAGAGUUAUUGAAAAAAUCAGUCAAAAAAGAAGAGCAAAAAAGGAAACACAGCGCUAAAAAAUGGGAGGCUCGAAAAGAAAAGGUUCAGAAAUCGCUGGAAGAGAAACAACAAAAAAGACAAGAAAACAUUAACAAACGAAAAAGGGAAAACAAAAUAAACAACCUGAAGAGAGCUUCUAAGAAGGGUCGAAUCAUACCUGGAUUUUGAAUAGCUUUCUUUGAAUCAUCAACUUAGCACAAGAAUUGUCACUGUAUGUAACAAAAGCGUUAUGAGAUCAAGUAACGUGGUUCAAAUAUAUUAUCAUGUUCGCAA